AUAAGUUUGCAGCAGGAAGUAACCGGCGGGACGCACACAGUGUGGACUGCACACGCAUAGAACGCAAAUUACCGGGGCUCUUCAUCGACCAACUCAAACCUUGCUGAACGCGUUGCCGGUCAGCCGGGAACAGUUGCAUUUGGUUCUAUAGCUCCCAUCUUCACUACCGGAGCCGUUGCAGCUUCAGGCUGGGCCAGGUUGACUGAUUUAGGUUCUGCAGGACUCGCCGGGUGCAGGGCCGCGCGGCUCGCGCGGCUCACGCCCGCGCGCCCCACGCCCCGGCCCAAAAGAUGCGUCCCUCCUCCGAGCCGGGCCCCAGGUUUCCCACCUCCAUGGACCCAGCCGCUGCGGCUGCCCUGAGCCAGACCGCCUUCCUGGGCAUCCUGCUGCUGGCGGUGCUGUCGGGGUACGCCAUCCGCCGCACCCGAUUCCAGUGGGCCACCGAGGGCAGUGUGGCGCUGCUGCUGGGCCUGGUGGCGGGUGCCGGGCUGUUCGGCUACUACUACCUGACCGACCCCAACCACCGCAUCCCGCGCCGCCUGGUGACCUUUGAUGAGGAUGUGUUCUUCCAGACCCUGCUGCCGCCCAUCAUCUUCUCAGCAGGUUUCUCCGUCAAAAAGAAACUGUUCUUCCGGAACUUCUUCACGCUCAUGAUCUUUGGUGUUCUGGGCACCAUGGUGUCAGCCGGCAUCCUGGCCAGCGGCUCCCUGGGCCUCAUGACCGCGGUGGGUCUGCCGCUGCACGGGCUGCUGCGCAUGUCCCUGGCGCUGGGCUCCGUGCUGAGCUGCACCGACAGCGUGGCCUCGCUCAGCGUGCUGGACGGCGAGCGGCACCCGCUGCUGUACUCGCUGCUGUUCGGGGAGGGAGUGGUCAACGACGCCACAGCCAUCGUGCUGCUGGGCUCAGUCUCGAACCUGAAUGCCUUUGACGAGAGCCAGGCCCUGGGUCUGUCUGGGCUGUGGGCGCUGGCGCUGCAGUUCCUGCGCCUGUUCGUGCUCAGCACCGCCCUGGGACUGGGAGUGGGCAUGGCCAGUGCAGCCCUGGUCAGGCGGCUGUUUCGCCGGCCCGGCGCGCCGUCCCCCGCCUCGGCGCCUGCUGCUGGCGGGGCGGCUGCGGCCGCCGCCGGCUCGGACCACGGCGGCAGCGGCAGUAGCAACCAGGAGGUGCUGGCUGUAGCGCUGCUCGGCCUGGUGGCCUACUUCCUGGCCGAGGCCCUGGACCUGUCAGCCAUCCUGUCCGUGUUCUUCUGCGGCAUUGCCAUGAGUCACUACACGUGGCACAGCCUGAGCCCCGCCGCGAAGGUCAUCACGCGCCACGGCUUCCACGUCAUCUCCUCCGCCUGCGAGGUGACGCUGUUCGUGUACGCAGGGCUGGACGUCUGGGUCACAGCCGUGUGGUGGCGCCCGGACGUGUCCCGGCGCUACCUGCUGGCUGCCGUGCUGCUGGCGGCGGGACUGCUGGCCAUGAUGGCCGCCGCCCGCGCCGCCUUCACCUUCCCCGUGUGCUGGCUGGCCAACCGCCUGUGGCGCCGAGCCGACCCCAUUCCGGCCGGCGGCGCAUCCGUGCUCUGGUGGGGUGGCCUGCCUCGCGGCGCCAUCACGCUCGCACUCGCCUACCACUGCUUCUACAAGGACGCCAACACCAAGCCCGAGGAGCUGGUUGUCAUCUCCGCCGUCAUCCUGGUGGUUGUGAUCACCACGGUCGGGUUCGGCGUCAUCACGCAGCCCGUCAUGCAGGGCUUCAUCAACCAGGCUGCCAACAAGCCCGGACCCGGCGGAGGCCUGACGCCGGCGCCCUCACUCCACGCGGCCCCCGCCGGCCACCGCAUCCCCGCCUUCAACCUCCACGUCACCGCACAGGCGCACGGCGCACGAGCCGAAUCCGACUUGCGGGCACCGUUGCUGCUGCCGUCAGCUCCGCUGUCAGCGGCAAAGGUGACGCCGGCUGCGCCGCCUUCGGCGGCGGCGGCGGCUGGAGGCGGCGGCGCCGACGCGCUGGCGGCUCCUCCCAUGGUGGCUGACAUGUCCGCGGUUGAGGGGAUGUGGCAGCAGGCUAACGACAUGCUGUGGCGUGGGGAGGUGCCGGGCCUGGCGACCGGUGUGCCCGUGUACACGCCGCCGCCGCCACCAGCAGCAGCAGCAGCUCUGACGCCGCCUCCGCCGCCGCCAGUGGCACAGCCGCGUGCUGAGGCCUACGGAGGUAGCAGCGCGGCUGGCAGCGGCUGUGCGGGUGCGGGUGUGGGUGCAGGUGCGGGCGCCUUCGCGGCGGCGCAGCUGCAGGCGGGCGGCGUGGGCACACCACGUGGCGGCGAGGGGGCGCCGCACUCGGCAGUGCUGCUGCCGCAGGGCCCGCGCGGCGUGGUGGGUCUGGGCGGCGUGUGUGCAGAGGAGGAGGAGGAGGAGGAGGAGGAGGAGGAGGAGGAGGAGGAGGAGGAGGAGGAGGAGGAGGAGGAGGAGGAGGAGGAGGAGGAGGAGGAGGAGGAGGAGGAGGAGGUGAGGAUGCGCGAGCGCGACAGCAGGGCGUGAGCGUCAUGCACAUACGAAUUACGGCACAGGUUGGAAAUGGUCGUUGGGUCAAGUGAGGUGCGCGGUACACGCGCAAGAGCUUAGGGUGAAUUUACAAUUGUAUUGGUCGUAUGUAUGCCUUGGCUGUGGAUGGCUUGCGUGCGUGUGGGCAUGUGCGCGUCCCACCUUGGGAGGUGCUCUGGCGCUCUGCGUGUGCCGGGUGCGCUGGGCGUGGGUUGCGCUGGGACAGUGGUAACUGGUAAGGCCCGCAGGGUGCAGCUGAUCCCCAACCCCAGCAGAUGGAAAACGAAUUGCAACGGCAGGGCAGGAGUGCGCGGCUGGUGGAAAUUUGCUGAUGCGCAUUCCUCACGCUCCGGGCACCCGGCCAGGCGAUAGCACCACACAGACACCCCGCAACGCCACACGCUGCGGUGGGCGUGGGGACUGUUGCGGAGUUGCGGGAUGGGCUCGUGGCAGGCACUGUUGCUUUGGGGGGCGUUGUCAAAAGGGGGCUUAUGGUGUGGGCUAGAUUUGAGCGUGUGAGCAGUUCGCAGCGCUGCAUAGCCGAAGGAGAAUUUUAUGGUGCCGUUGGGGACCGCAAUGUGGGCGCUCGUAGCUAGCAGUCCUGAUGUUCAAGAGAUGAGGAUGCCGUGGGCUUGUCCCCCCACGUUGUGCAGCGCGACGCGCAAAGCGUGCCUGAGCAUGAAAGGCAGGAUUAACGUCCAUGAGGCGAUUUGCAUGCGUGAAUCACUUAGGACCAUGAACUUGGACAAUGACAAGAUUGAAGUCUUGAAUGGAAAGGGGAGGGGGCGAGCCUUGCCCUUCAGCCGUAAGCCCUAGUCCGCCGGGGGGCGUUUGGCGUUGAGUCCCCCUCGUAAUCAUGGCACCGGUUCCGGUACCACGGGUGUCGGGCAGCAUUUGCUGGGUGUGGAACAUGUAACGGACGAGAAAGGCGUUGCCGGCCUGACACCGAUGAGUCCAGGGUUUGCACCCCUGGCAUGAGCCGAGCGGGCGCUCAUUGUGGCUGCGUGCAGCUGCGUGCCAUUGCGGAAGCGUUGACGG